UCCUUAAAAGAAAAAAAAAAAAAAAAGACCGUUAUAUAUGAUGCUCCGUUCCAUUUCCGAAGUUUGAAAUAAAAGAGGAAGAGCGUGUUUUUGGCGCCUUGCUACUUAAGCUCAGACUCGUUCUUUGCAUCUCCCUUCCAUCUUCCCAUGGCUGCUCCCUCCGAAUCAUCUCUCAUUUCGAAGCUUCAGUCCUCCGAUUCCCCCGGCAUCCACGCCCUAGUCUCCGAUUACCUCCGCCCCCUUGCAGAUCUCAAGUCAACAAAGAAAUCCAAACCCGACCCAACCCUAAUCCGCUCCCUCGCCAAGCGCUUCCUCUCCUUCCUUAAUUCCUCUCUAUCCAUUCUUCCCAAACGCCUCCCAGAGCUUUCCAAGUCCAAAGACGCCGUUUUGGUCCUCGAACUGCUCCGCGUUUACCGGCUCUGCCUCGAUUGCUUGGACACCGUCGCUUCUCAGUUGGCUUCCAAGCCAUUCUCAGUCGAAUUUCAGAGACUUCGCUUGAUGCACUGCCUCGAGUCCUGCGCCCUGUUCGCCGAAGCCGAAGUCGAGGGUUUGGGGCUUCUUGAGAGGCUUCGACAGCCGAAGAGGAAGGGUAAGCUUCUCCCUGAAAUAGACAAGGGCGGUGGAGACGGUAAAGACUUAUGUUCGCUGGUAGUUGAUAUUGCCGUGAGCCUCGUGAGGUGUGCAUCCGCGGGUUUGGCUAAAGAAGAUCACAAUUUCAGGAAGGUGCUUCAGUUGGUGGACGAAGUAACCCCUUGGCUCAUGGAAUUGGAUUGUAACUCACAUGAGAAGUUGCAAAGGAUGUUAGUAAUUCAUCUGGGUAAGUGUAGUUUAAAUUUACUGGGGAGGAUGCCAUUUCCGGAUAGGGAAUUGGUGAUGUUGUUUUGCUGUACGACAUUGACUGAGUAUGUGAAGUCUCCAGUCAAAGAUCAAGUCUACAAGAUUGCUCACAGGAUGUGUUCUUCAUUGUUUGCACUGCGGGAUAGUAAUUCCUUGUAUAUCAUGGACAUAUUGGAUUGCAUAAUUCUUGAGUGCAAGGUUGAGGAAGGAAACUCAGGGAUAGAAUUUGCUGAACUUGUUUAUUACUGUGUGAAUAAAUGUCAAACUGCAAAUGCUAGUUUUUGUUGUGCAUUUGCAGCGUAUUUGAACAAAAUAUCGGAACAUUUCAAACAGGUUAUGGCACCCAUUAAUUCAAUACUGAGGCUUUAUGCUGCUGGACUGCUCCUUGUUAGUUGUAAUUUAAGGUCCAGAACUGGAGAUCUUGCAUCACCUGGCAGUGCAGAAUUUGGGUGUUUGCUUGGAACUUUACUUGAAAACAAGAAAAUAUUUCAGAAUUCACCGUCAUUGCUUGGUUCCUUGCAUAUUUGCAGCAAAAGUAAUUGUAUGUCGUCCAGCAUGGAAGAUCAAUCCCUAGCUGGUAUCCCAUGCACACCAUCGGGUUACAAUAGUCAGGCUUAUAUGACUUACAAGUCAGUUUAUGUAGAGGCAUUGAAAUUUCUAUGCCAACCACUUGCUAAAUCAAUUAAUUCAGAAAGGAAACAAUUAGUUACUGAAGUGGAUGAUGCUUCAGAUAUGACUAUGAUGUCCACUGUCCAAGAUGCAUUCCAUACACUUUGUCAUCUUAUACUUUCGAGUUCAAGCUUCGUGCCUAAAAACAAUGGAGAUGGAUUUGAUGAAAAGAACAAAACAGUGCUUAAUGUAGUUGUAGCCACCUUCACCCUUUCCAUUAGAACCAAUCUUAAAGUCGAGGAGAGCAAGCAAUUAAUUAAGCAGAUCAUUGCUAGCAAAUGGAUUGAAACAGAAGGAUUAAAUUACAUAAUUGCUUGUCUCUACAAUAUUGCUGUAGUUUUGUACAGAAACAGGCAACUAGAAAAGGCUUCAAAAGUGCUAAACUUGUGCUGUAAAGCUUCAUGGCUCUGUAUUAAGUAUCAUUGUGCUAACCUGUCAGAAGAUACUUUGAAGGAUUUUGUAAUGGAGGCUUGCACCAGAAGUGCUCUUCUUUUAGAUAUUAUGUAUGAUGUCAACAAUGUAAAGAUAAACAAAAAGGUGAUCGAGAUCCUUAACAACUGGUUCACUGCUAAUGAUUUGUUUGAGAAACUUCCAGCGCCAAUACCUGUUGUAAAGCAGUGGGUGAAGAUAGAAUGUAAACGUGCUACGCAGGUGGGUGAGAGAAUUGAUUCUCCAAGCCUGUAUUGCAUACUGUCAUCUUCUAUGCGAUUGUCAAAGAGGAAUAUUGCCGUGAUCUUGGAGCAGGAGCUUACUGCAUAUGAGGAGAUGAGUUUUAAAUACUCCGAAAUAUGUCACAAAAUGCAAAUGAAAAUCACGGAUAUUCUUCUGCAAGGCAUAUAUAUCACUCCAGAUAGUCGUUUUCAAAUGGCACAAAUUCUAGUGAGAAAGGGAAAGGCAAUCAGGGUUAGGGGCAUGGCUGGUCUCAGGGAAUGCAUCCAGUGUCUGUCAGAAGCAAUAGCUAUUAUGAGGGAUAUUUCUGGUGACAUAUGUACUGAUAGUAAUUCCAUUCAUCAUCAAUUGUGUGUGACAUAUUGCUUGCGUGCAAUCUGUACACAGGAAGCUGAAUCUAAUUCGAAGCAAAUCUUUGAAGAUGUCAAGGCUGCUUUGGAUCUAUGGUUGAGUACAUCACAUCUUAAUCACUUAGAAGAGGGAGAUUGUUCUGCAUUAUCUGAUAGUUUAAUGAUCCUGCUCUAUAACAUAGUUGAUUUACUACAAUUGAAGGGUUUCAUGGAACUGUUCAAUGAUGCAUAUCGACUGGUGAUUAAAAUGUUUAAAUGGAAGAAUGUUCCAAUUGAAAAGUGGUUGACCUUAAUGUGGGAACGUAGAAAUCUAUGUCAUGCUCUCUGUGUUUCACCUGUUAGUGAGGAGUUCAUCAUGAACUCAUUGGAUGAGUUCACAGAACUUUCAGAUAUUAAUUUCUGGAUACGUUAUCUUCAGGGAAAUCAAUCAUCAUUGAUAGGGUUUCAGCAGAAUUUUUCUUUCUUAUUUGCCAACUCUCAUAGGAAUUCCAGCAGUCAUGAGAGCUCUUUUCAAACAGACAUCACAAUUGAUGAAGUUCAAAAAGCAGCUCUUGAUCUGAUUUCAAAUGUUCCUGUCCCGAGUCAUUCUACAUUUCUUGCCGGUUGUCUUUUUUAUGAUUUGUGCCCAAGACUUGUUGCAAAUGGACAGUUAAUAGAGGCUCUUUCCUCUGCAAAAGAAGCUCAUAGAUUACUUGCUAAACUCUUCCAAAGGAAGUUUACACAUAAUGUUCAGACGCAGAAUGAAGAGCACCAUGUAAUAGUUGAUUCCUCAAAGAAUAUUAUAGAUAGUGUUGAGGAUAUUGGAUUAAACUUAUCAGCUGUGAGGGAAAUUUUUCUAUUUGAUUCUAUAUCAUGGGACUUGAAAGACAGUUAUCUCAGUGCAUGGAAAGUUAUGCAGUGUUAUCUUGAGAGCACACUUCAGCUAGGAAUCAUCCAUGAAAUGAUUGGAGAUGGAGCUGAGGCUGAAACCUUUCUAAAAUGGGGGAAAGCCAUAUCCUGUUCCCUAAAUCUGCCUUUUUUUGCAGUUGCUUUCUCUUGCUCUUUAGGAAAACUAUACAUUAAGAAAAGACAUUGGGAUUUAGCAGAAGAGGAACUUAAAAGUGCUGAACAGAUUUUAAAGGAAAGCAGCACAUCAUUUUGUUGCUCAAAGUGUAAAUUGAAGCUUGAAGUUACCCUGUAUGAGUAUCUUGGAGAUUUAUGUCAAAGUAAAUUUGGCACCUGUGACGGGGUUAUGUCUAAAGAGACUGCAAAAAAUUGGUAUAUGUCAGCUCUGGAUAAACUACAUCUUUCCGAGUGGAAAAAUCCUCUUAGUUGUCCUGAAGAUGGCAAUGAUGGAACUUGUACUUGCUUUAUAAUGAAAGAAGCCGGUGAAAAUAUAAAUAAGUCCAUGAAAGCGGGGCGAGAAACCAGAAAGACAAAAAAUGCAGCAAAGGUUUUACCAAAGGAACCACACUUAGUGGUUCAGAACAAAUCUAGGGUAACUCGUUCUAGAUAUAGAUCUUCUCAGAGUGAAGAUACAAGCAUUUACAGGAAGUCAGAAGUACGUGAAACUCUCCAGGAGAAUCAUGUUUCUGAUUCAUCUGAUGGACUUAGUAAAAACGGGACAGUUUUGAGCAAGACAGGUUGUCCCUUUAAUUCAAGGUGUACAACAACUUGUGUUCUCUCGAAAAUGAGGUGUUGGUACUGUCUUCCAUCUGAAGUUGUAAAAUCUGGUUUACUAAAUGAUUUUAUUAAUCUUAAAUGGGAGUUUGUCCGGAGGCAACUUUCAAUGAAGCUACUCAGCCGAGUAGUGAAAUGCUUUGCGUAUCCUGGUCAAAUUGAUGAAACACAUAAAUUUCUUCUUAGAAGCAUAUCAAUUCUUGUCAGCAGAAACCCAUUCUACCAUGUGCUUUCAUCUAUUCCUCUAGAUUAUUUUAAUCAUUUCGUUGCAAGGGAGAUUCCGGGAGAUUUAUUUACUAUUGAACGCUCAGAAAUAGUUCAUGACAUAUGCUGGUAUUCUUUGAAGAGCUAUCAUUCCAAGCAUGCAAGGAACAUUUUUAGUAAUCUGUCGUCCAUAAAGUUUGAAGACCUGGCUUCUUGGUUGAUGUUAGCCUUUGUACUUUCUCGCGAGAUUCCUGUAAUCUUUCAAAAGGUGUCAAAGUUACUUGCUCUGAUGUGUGUAGUUUCUUCCAUCAGCAAGCAAUUCUCUCUGUUGUCUUUUAGCAGAGUUUUGAGUGAAAAUUAUUGGUCUUCAUAUUUCCACCAAGCUUCAAUUGGAACUCAUCUUACUCAUCAAUUUCUUUCACAUCCAUCUGGGAGAAGCAAGGGUUUACAUGUUACGGGAUCUUCUAGCAUCAGGGAGUGCACAUCUGGCUCACUCAGGCUCGUGCCUGAUACCACUGUAGAUCUUGCAGAAUAUGUGAAGAAGUUCUUCGCUGGUCUCCCAUCAACAACUAUCAUCACUAUAAGUUUGCUUGGGCAUGAUUAUAUUAGUUUACUACAGGAAUUGUUGUCUUAUCCCACAUGUGUUCAAGCAUGGAUGCUGGUAUCAAGACUGAGCUUUAAGAAUGAUCCUGUUGUAAUGUUACUGCCACUUGAUUCUAUUUUACAAGAUGAGGAUGAUGUGAGUGCUGGUUCGGGCACCGUUUUGAACUGUGAGGAACAUGGUGAAAAAUGGCGUUGCCCAUGGGGUUUUACAGUUGUUGAUGAUGUGGCUCCAGCAUUCAAAACAAUUUUAGAAGAAAACUACUUGUCAACAAUAUCUCCUUUUGAAGAUACAACACAGAAUAGGAUGUUAUGGUGGAAGCGGAGAAAGAACCUCGAUCACCGUCUUGAUAAAUUCCUGAGGAAUCUUGAAGAGUCGUGGUUUGGUUCAUGGAAAUGUCUGCUUCUUGGAGAAUGGUUGAACUGCAAAAAUUUAGACUUGGUGCUUAAGAAUCUUGUGAAUGAUUUAAAAUCUAAAUGCAAAUUGGAUGCUAACGAAGGCCUUCUUAAAAUUAUUCUUGGAGGCUCUAAAUAUGUUUGUGAUGGGAAAACAUUGGUUUCUCAACUAUGCUCGAAGAAAGACUGCUACAUUGCUAAAGUAGGAUAUUGUGAUGAAACAAAAAAAGGGAUAUUGUUAAACACCAAUGGAUUUGGAAUGUCGUCUGAGGUUGCUUUUGAACUGUUAAGCGAGGCAUUAAAUGUGCUGGAAGUGGAUGACUCUAUGAACAGAGAACCUAUAAUUCUUGUGUUGGACCAUGAGGUGCAGAUGCUUCCUUGGGAAAACUUGCCCAUUCUACGGAAACAGGAGGUUUAUCGCAUGCCUUCUGUGAGCUGCAUUUCGGCUGUUCUUCUCAAAGGCAGCGACCAUAAGGAGCCAGUAGAAAGGAAUUUAGUGCCCUUUCCUUUGAUAGAUCCACUGGAUGCUUUUUAUUUACUAAAUCCAGAUGGUGAUCUCAGUGGCACUCAGACUGAAUUUGAGAAUUAUUUUAGAGACCAAAACCUGGAGGGAAAGGCUGGUUCGAGACCCGCCAUCAAAGAAUUGGCCUCAGCAUUGGAAAGUCAUGACCUUUUCAUAUAUUUUGGACAUGGAAGUGGAGCUCAGUACAUUCCUAGGCAAGAGAUUCAGAAACUAGACAAAUGUGCUGCUACGCUUCUGAUGGGGUGCAGUAGUGGUUCAUUGACCUUACCUGGUCAAUAUGCACCCCAAGGCAUUCCCCUGUCAUAUCUGCUGGCUGGUUCUCCAGCAAUUGUCGGCAAUCUAUGGGAAGUGACAGACAAGGAUAUCGAUCGAUUUGGUAAGGCAAUGUACGAUGCAUGGUUGAAAGAAAGAUCAGAUAUGUCAUCGGAAUGCUGUCAAUGCAACUUACUGUCCGAAGAAUUUGAGGCCAUGAACUUGAAGGGCUGCAAGGGUAGAGCAAAGAGGAAGGCUCCGCAGAAGAAAUUACAGUUGGCCGAGAACGAGUUACCUAAGAACUGUUGUCACAGACGCAAAAUUGGAGCUUUCAUGGGUCAGGCCCGGGAAGUUUGCACUCUUCCUUUCUUGACAGGGGCAUCUCCUGUAUGUUAUGGGGUUCCCACCGGAAUUUGGAAGAAAAGGAACAUUUAGUCUAACUAUUCCAACAGGAGUCACCUCCACAAGCAGCAUUUAUAUUUUUUAAUUUUUAUUUAAUUUAUUUUUUCUUUCAUUCAUCUCAGUCGUUCCAUACACAAGAAGAGCAAAGGAGAAUUUGUAUCCAUCUGUACGAGUUCAAUUUGUAUAUAUGUUCUGAUAAAGGAAAAUGUUGUAUACUUAACACAUUCAUAUUCCAUUAAAAAACUAUUUGUAUUUUUACUA